AUGCUUAUUUAAUCAAAAAAAUGUCAUCCAUAAAGUCUGCCAAUUAGAGCAUAUAAAGAAUAAAUCUUAUAUGGGGUCGAUACAAACAGCACAUUGAUCAUCUUAGCUGAAACUGGGUCAGGCAAAACAACUUAGAUACCAUAAUAUUUAAUAGAAGCUGGUUAUGGGGGAGAUGAGAGAGUUCUAGUCUCCUUACCAAGAAAGAUGGCUGCCAUCAGUAUAGCUUAAAGAGUAUCUGAUGAAAAUGGGACUGAAUUGGGAUAGGAUAUUGGUUAUAGAGUGAGAUUUGAAUCGAAAGGUGAGUGA